UUGUGCUUAUCGGUGACUUGAUUGCGGCGUUGAAAUCAGCACGCCUUCUUAUUUCCCACGCGACAAACGUCUCUCGCGCUUGCUUUUGAUCACAGCUGCCAGUCCCGCCUUCAGGCUCUGUCCCAGACUACGCAAUGGCAACAACGAUGCGCACUCUUCUCCCACUUCUUCCACCUGAGCUGCGAAACUCAGUCUACAGCUGCCUCGCAUCCUCACCGACACCCACUAACUCCGGUCUCCCACUGCAGCUCAAGUCCUACACCUGCAAACACACCCUCGUUCAGAUCUGCCCGGUGCACUAUGGCUCCACCGACCUGCUCGCACUGCAACGCUACAACUUCCUCGAAGGCAACGAGUACCGCACCUGGCUCCUCAAUCACGACAUAACGCUACGCAUCGGCAUCGUGUUCAAAGGCCGCGUGAACACGUUCGUGCAAGAGCACUGGGACAAGAAGAUCGAGACGCACCUGCACAAGCUGGCGAAGCUGCAUCCCUGGCUGCACAAGGUGGCCAAGUACGAUGUGCAGGUCUUGUGGGACGCGCCGGACGGCGUGCUGAAAAGCAAGCACAACCGCCGCAGCGCGGGCCAAAUCCCGAGGGCCAUGGUGCGCACGCUUACUGCGUUGAUGGAUGCGGAUGUGAGGAGGAAGUGGGGCGACGUGCAGGUCAGGUUGCGGUUGGAGCACCAUGUUGCUGGUGUGGCUAUCCGUUCAUCGCCGCGGUUUGGGCUUGGGGGUUUCCUGUCGCUGUCGUCUGAUGCGGCGGAGUUGGGGUGGGCACAGCAUACGUUGGAGGUGUGGAAGGAGCCCUGUCCGCGUGUGUUGCCGCGCAAGUCGGCGCGCUUGACUCCCGUCGUGACGAAGCCAGAGGAGAAGGAGUUGCUGGCGUCUCGUGGCGAUAAGGUGGAGUGGAUGGACAGAGGACAGGGGACGUUGGUGAUGAGGAAGACUACCGUGGGCGAGAAGCGGACAUGCGCAAGUUUCAUGGAUACAGGGAUCGCAUACCACUCGCCAACCGAGCUGAUGCUGUUCGAGCUGCUUGAGGAUUGCUAUGGGCGUAGAUGACCGCUCUCUCGACAACAAACAUUCGAAUUCAGAAGACUUGAUCGAACAUCAGCCAUUGUCCUUAUGAUUCAUGUCUCUCUGGACAUGUUUUGUAGACGAUAACCUUGGACUUCUGAGACAUGUUUAGGCUGGACUUGAAGUCACAGUCGAAAAAUCGAUAGUAUACACUGCUUGCACUAGAACGCUCAUGAUGCUGUUAUGCA